GGGAGAAGGAAAGCACUGCUUUGGCAUGGAGACAUUAAAGUGACAGCGCUACUCAAUGGGCACUGGAUGCAGCAUGAGUUGGCGGAGCAGCCUUCUUCACACUGGAGCCAUUCACAUCAUGCCAUCUCGUCUCAUCCAAGCAGCUGCCUGACCGGGCUCCAAGAUGGCAACUCAUAUGUAUAUUCAGUCACAACCUUCCUCAGAAGAAAUAAAACUCAGAAAAUCAAGAACUGCUGAGCUUGUAGAAAAAAAUUUGUGGCUUCUCACCAGAAAAGAACAAGUCAUAUAUACUUAUGGAUCACUGUAUCUUGGGACAACUUCAUCUUUAUGUGGAUUAUUUGCAAACUACCUUUUCAGGCAUUGUAUGAAGGUUAAACAGCAUCCUUUUAAGACAUUUGUGCCAUUGUCUGCAAUUCCAUUUUUGACCACUGCUGUAACUUUUAAGUUCCUUGUAACAGAUCCCUUAAAUUCUGGUGAUUUAACCAUGGACAUGUGUAUUUUGAGAGGUGCCUUUGUUUCUGCGUUAUUUGGUGUCUUUCAUCCCUCUUCUAUGGCCUUUUUUAAAAAUGGGCGUCUGGCAGUCAAGUACGAAACCGUUCCAUUACCUCCAAGAGGAAGGGCUCUCUACCACUGGACUGUACUUUGUCAUUCAGCUGCAAAGCUAAUGGCUAUUCCUAUGAUCAUGCAGAUUAUGUUUGGAGGACAGCUUGCCUUCCUGCAGUAUAAAAUACGUGACAGAAUUUUUGAACUCCUUGAACAUGACUGACUUCAGAAUUAACCUUUUAAUGUAUAUGAUGAAGUUCGGAAGAUUUCAUGAAAGAGAUGAAUAAAUGUAAAUCACAAGCAAGCAACAUCAUGUAGAAUUCAUGUGUGCAAAUAAAAAUUAUGUGAUGUCCUUGACUACAGCACAGACUCCUUGAGGGAAAGGACUAAGAAUGACAAUAUCGAUAGCUACAUUAAUAUGAUGCUCUGAGUUUUACAGAGAGAUUUGCAAAUAUUAUCUCAUUUGAUCCUCACAACAACCCAAUGAGGCGGGUGCUGUUUUUAUCCCCAUUUUGCAGACGAGGAAACCGAGGCUGAGAGAAGUUACGUGACUUGUCCAGAGUCACAUAUCUAUUAAGUGUCUGAGUCUGGAUUUCAACUCAUAUUGAUCUUGACUCCAAGUUCAUCACCCUAUCUGCUGAACUACUUAGCAUAUGUUCUCUUUAAUGCCUGGAAUAUCUAGCUGGGAGAGGGUAUUGUUUGGUUUUUUGUUAAAUUUUUUUUUCAAUUAACAAAUUAAUUUUCUCACAGCUGGCCUCCUCCCACUGUUGAAAAAAAAAUGAAACUUUUGUAAUACAUAUGCAUAGUUAAGCAAAACAAAUUCCUACAUUGACCAUAUUCAGAAUACACACAUACACAUACGGCUCAUUCUGCACUCCGAAUUCAUCACUUCUUUAUCAAGAGCUAAGUAAGUAGCAAGCUAUGGCUUCUAGAAUCACAGCUGGUCGUCCCAGUGAUCAGAGUUCCUUAGUUUUUCGGAGUUGUUUGUUUUUACAGUGUUGAUGUUGUUGUAUAAAUUGUCCUCCUUUUUCUGUUUACUCUUCAUCAGCUUAUACAAGACUUACUAGGUUUCACUCCAACCAUCCCUUCAUGCCCAUCAAUUGGGAAAUGACUAAACAAGUUGUGGUACCUGAUUGUGAGGAAUAUUAUUGUGCUAUAAGAAAUGACAAGCAGAAUGAAACACCUGUAAAGAUUUAAUGUGAACUGAUACAUAAUGAAGUGAGCAGGAGAACAGUAUACACAGUAACAGUGGUAUUGUGAGGAUAAUCAGCUGUGAAAGACUUUACUCUGGUCAGUACAGUGAUUCAAGACAAUUCCGAAGGAAUUGCGAUGAAAAACACUAUCCAACUCAAAGAGAAUCGAUGAACUCUGAGUCCAGAUUGAGGCAUGUUAUUUUUCACUUUCUAUAUUUUUCUUGGGCUUGGGGUGUUUUUGCAAUACAACUAAUAGAGAAAUAUCUUUUUAAUAACUUCACAGGUAUAAUGGGUAUCAUAUUACUGGCCGCCUCAGUGGGUGAGUCAGGGCCUGGAGAGAGGGCCAGGAUUUAGAACUCAAAAUUUUUGUUUAAAUGAAUGCUGAAAAUAAAUAAAUAAUUGAUUUGAA